AUGACAACCAAUAAAGACGUAGAGUGCUUAGUUGAACCUACCUCAAAUAUUUCAAUCACAGAAGAAAAUAAAAAUGUAACAUCUGAAACAACAACCACCACUAAUAAUACACAAAAUAAAGAAACAGAAACAACAGAUAAUAUAAAUAAAGAAGAAACAGCAGAUAAAGAAAAUAAAGAAGAGCAACAACAAGAAGAAAAUCCAGAAAAUUUAAUUAAACAUCCUCUUCAAAAUAGAUGGUCGUUAUGGUACGAUUAUCAAAGUGGUAAAAUCAAUCCAGAACAUUGGGUUGACUCUUUAAAAAAAGUCAUUAGCUUUGAUUCAGUUGAAGACUUUUGGUGUGUAUUUAACAAUCUUCCAAACGUAUCAAAUUUAAAACAAGGUAGCAGCUACCAUUUAUUCAAAGAUGAUAUCGAACCAAAAUGGGAACACGAAUCAAAUAAGAGAGGUGGAAAAUGGUUUGUUAUGGUCAAAGAUAAGAGUCGUUGUGAUAAUCAAUGGCUUCAAAGUGUCAUGGCUUGUGUUGGUGAAACCUUUGACUCUAGUGAUGAGAUUUGUGGUAUCGUUUAUAACUCUAGAAAGAAUGGUGAUAAAAUAAGUGUUUGGACAAAGACUGCUCAAGAUGAAAAAGCAACUCGUGAUGUUGGUAAUUGUCUCAAAAAGAUUUUAGAAAUUGAUCAAACUAUUCAAUAUACUCCACAUGAAGAUUUUAUUAGAUCUUCAAAAGGUUCAAAGAAUUUAUAUGAAUGUUAA